CUUGUCGGUCUCAAUGCGCCUGAGCGGAAGAUAAUGGCAAGAUUGCGGUGCUCGUCCACAGUGCGAUGUUCAGAUGAUGCCAUGUGUUUUGUUAGGUCAUGGGCCUCUCGGUCCCACUUCGCGUGGAUCGUGCAACGCGGCUGCUAUCAGUCUCCUAAGGAUGAUCCUCUUCCACUAACCCUACAGACUCCUACCCGAGCAAUGGCGUGCAGGCGAGAAAGGUUAGCUGAUGCUGAGUAUCAAGUAUGCCUUUGCAAAGCCGAUUGGUGCAAUCACAGUUCCAAACUGACUGAAAGCGGCACACUGUGUUUAUUGACAGUUAUAGCAGCCCUUACCAAGAUAAAAUUUUAUUGA